AUGGAGACGAAAGUGUUCCGCGUGCUAAUCCGCGAGAUAUUCGCGGGUUGGGUGCUAUUAUCCUUGACUGAUGUCUUGGCCGACCCCUACAUACUGAAUACGCUUAUCGUGCUGGCCACGGGAGACGAGACCAUGGCGCAGCUGCCCACCACUCCUAAUUAUAAGGUAGAAUUCCUGGAGCGUUUCGCGCGCCACACAGAAUCCGUAUACAGUCAGCGGCCCAAGCUCUUGAAAGUGGACCUGGAGUGGGUGAUCAGCGACCAGGACUACUUCUACGCCUUCAUGCAGCAUCUAAAAGCUACUAGCCAUAUACACCUGCUGCAGUUUUAUAAGGAUAUCAAAUUAUUUCAAACGAAGCUCCUAAAUCCAGACCUGGAUUCGUCCGAGCAAGCCGCGCUCCUACAAGAAGCUCGCGACAUGUACGAGCUAUACCUCUCGCCGCGGAGUCUCAGCGCCGUGCCGCUAGACGCCUCCAUCGCUGCGGAACUACACGAUAUACUGCACAGCGCGCACAGCAUCAAGCGGCAAGCUCGCGACAUGUACGAGCUAUACCUCUCGCCGCGGAGUCUCAGCGCCGUGCCGCUAGACGCCUCCAUCGCUGCGGAACUACACGAUAUACUGCACAGCGCGCACAGCAUCAAGCGCAACACUAUGCGGACACUAGCCGCCAUGUCACAGCAAGCUCGCGACAUGUACCAGCUAUACCUCUCGCCGCGGAGUCUCAGCGCCGUGCCGCUAGACGCCUCCAUCGCUGCGGAACUACACGAUAUACUGCACAGCGCGCACAGCAUCAAGCGCAACACUAUGCGGACACUAGCCGCCAUGUCACAGCAAGCUCGCGACAUGUACGAGCUAUACCUCUCGCCGCGGAGUCUCAGCGCCGUGCCGCUAGACGCCUCCAUCGCUGCGGAACUACACGAUAUACUGCACAGCGCGCACAGCAUCAAGCGCAACACUAUGCGGACUCUAGCCGCCAUGUCACAGCAAGCUCGCGACAUGUACGAGCUAUACCUCUCGCCGCGGAGUCUCAGCGCCGUGCCGCUAGACGCCUCCAUCGCUGCGGAACUACACGAUAUACUGCACAGCGCGCACAGCAUCAAGCGGCCUCAAGAAAGACUUCUACAAACAGCUUUAAAACUAGGCAACAGGUUAAAAGGUGCCCUAAGGCCUCAGACCAUAGACGGGCAGGUUCUGGACUGUUUUACCAACUCUGAGGAUUCCGAAGGGGACGGCGGGGAGAAUAUGGAUAUCUUGAAGUAUUUAGAGUCGCUGGCGAAUGAGGAUAGUUUAAGGGAACAAGACUUGAGCACGUACAAAGUCGUUCUUACCAAUGUUGAGACGAGAUUGCAAGCGCCGCCUCGUCGCGGCACCGUCCGCGUGUUCACGCUCGCCGUGCACCGCGCCGCGCCCGGCGCCGCGCCAAGACUGUGGGCGCUCGACCGAAGCGAGCACGACUUCCACUUAUUACGAGCUAAGCUGCUUGAGUUCCAUGGGGAUAAACUGCUGCACGAGCUGGCCUUACCUUCCCGCAGCUAUCUACGGUCCGUCGUAGUGGAAUUGAUGUUCACUCUAGCCGCGCUUGGCGCCGCGCCAAGACUGUGGGCGCUCGACCGAAGCGAACAUGACUUCCACUUAUUAAAAGCUAAACUGUUAGAGUUCCACGGAGAUAAACUGUUGCACGAGCUGGCCUUGCCUUCCCGCAGCUAUCUACGGUCCGUAGUGGAAUUGAUGUUCACUCUAGCCGCGCUUGGCGCCGCGCCAAGACUGUGGGCGCUCGACCGAAGCGAACAUGACUUCCACUUAUUACGAGCUAAACUGCUUGAGUUCCACGGGGAUAAACUAUUACAUGAGCUUGCGCUGCCUUCCCGCAGAGACAACAGUCCAAUGGAGACCCUCCGCUACAAAUACGAAGACUUCCUCCAACGCUUACUCCAAAAAAGCCUCCUCCAAACCAGCGAGCUCCUCCACCUAUUCCUGACAGUGGAUGGAGAUUUCUCCAUGGUGGUGCAAGCAUCGACCCUGAAUGCAAAUAGCAGCGACCUGGCCAAUAUCUAUCAGUCAGUCACACAUAAACUGAGGAAGGAGAAGGGGCAACAUUUGGAAAGCUUCCUAAAGAAUCUGCUCGUGUCGUCGGAUAUCGACCGGUAUCAGGCGCUCAAGCAAGGCACAGCGCGCGACGUGGAAGAAGCGAUAGAAGUGAGCGAGGAGGCCGACACUAUACCUUUACAGCGGCCGCGCCGCGCGCGAGACAUCACCGACUCCGUGUUUGGAGACAACUUCGGAGUACCACCUAGCGCGUGCCACUCUGGGGACAUACGACAUCAGAACGCCGUGUGUGGGUUCACGCAGUGCGCCAUGUUCUUGUUAGUGAAAGUGGUGAAGGCCCGUGGAUUCGUGACUGCCAUAGCUGGGAGCGUGUUUUGUGUGACGCGCGAACUCGUAGAUGACGCUUUCGACGCGCUACUCAAUAAGGCUCUAUGUCGCCUAUUAUCGGAAAGGAGAUUGGCACAUUUAAUACGAUUAGGACAUGGGCUAUUGUUUGGUAAGAAAGCAUCAACUCCCCGCACCGAUCCCGCGAGGCAGCGAGAGUUGGCGCGGACACAACUUCUGCAGAGCAUUCCUUCGCCAGCCGUGUUAAUAGCCGGCAAUGGCCUGCCAGUGGCUGUGCACAAGGCAUUUGAAAUUAUACAGAGGCCACAACUCAACAAACAGUUGGUGUACAAUUUACUGGACUUGUGCCUGAUGGAACUAUUCCCCGAAUUAGGUGCUUCAACUGAGCCAUCAAAAGAACCAAAGAGUUGAGAAUAAAUUUAACCCACUAUGUGCUAUGAAUUCUGUAUUUACUUGCCAGAGUCAGACUAAGGCCAUCACGGGACCGAACAGGUCUUAGGGACAGCCAAAAUUGUGAUUCAUUAUUUUUUCACAAUAAGGCCUUAGUCAGCCACUG